AUGGCAAUGGUUGGCACAGGAGACGGUCCGGCUAUUGGUAUCGACCUUGGAACAACUUACUCAUGCGUUGGUGUCUGGCAACACGGUCGUGUUGAGAUCAUAGCCAAUGACCAGGGCAACAGAACAACGCCGUCUUAUGUUGCUUUUACGGACACAGGUAGUUUGAUUGGUGAUGCUGCCAAGAACCAAGCCUCCAUGAACGCCAUUAACACCGUCUUUGAUGCAAAGCGCUUGAUGGGUAGGAGAUUCAGUGAUGCCUCUGUAAGGAGUGAUAUGAAGUUCUGGCCUUUCAAGGUUCGUGGUGUCGACAACAAGCCAAUGGUUGUCGUCCAAUACAAGAAUGAAGAAAAGCGUUUUUCUGCUGAGGAGAUAUCAUCCAUGAUUCUUGUUAAGAUGAAGGAAAUAGCAGAGGCUUACCUCGGAACAACAGUAAAGAAUGUUGUUGUGACAGUCCCGGCAUACUUCAAUGAUUAUCAACGUCAGGCUACAAAAGAUGCAGGUGAAAUUGCGCGUUUGAAUGUUAUACGCAUUAUUAACGAGCCUACUGCUGCUGCCAUUGCUUAUGGCCUUGACAGAAAGAGUACCACUGUUGGUGGAAAGAACGUUCUUAUUUUUGAUCUUGGUGGUGGUACUUUUGAUGUUUCCCUUCUCAAAAUCGAAGAGGGGAUUUUUGAGGUGAAGGCCACUUCGGGAGAUACCCAUCUCGGGGGUGAAGAUUUUGAUAAUGCAAUGGUGGACCAUUUUGUACAAGAGUUCAAGAGGAAGCACGAAAAGGACAUCAGUAAAAAUCCCAAGGCACUAAGGAGAUUGAGAACAUCUUGCGAGAGAGCAAAGAGAAUUCUUUCUUCAAAUGCUCAAACCACCAUUGAGAUUGAUUCUUUAUACGAUGGAAUUGAUUUUUGCUCGAAAAUAACCAGAGCUAAAUUCGAGGAGCUCAACAUGGAUCUCUUUAAGAAAUGUAUAUCACCUGUGGACAAGUGUUUGAAGGAUGCUGCAAUGGACAAGAGCAGUGUCCAUGAUGUUGUUCUUAUAGGAGGAUCUACUAGAAUUCCCAAGGUACAACAGCUGUUACAAGACUUUUUCAAUGGCAAAAAGCUUUGCAAGAGCAUCAAUCCCGAUGAAGCAGUGGCAUAUGGUGCCGCUGUACAAGCUGCAAUUAUGGGUGGUGAAGGCCUUCUGGACAGAUGUGUUGGUAUGAAGAAGGUUCAAACUCUUGUUGGUAUGGAGAAGAUUCAUGAUGUACUCUUGUUGGAUGUCACUCCUCUUUCCCUUGGUAUAGAGCUUUUUAAUGGACAGAUGCGUGUUGUAGUCCCAAGAAACACUACUAUCCCCACCAAGAAAGAGAGAAUCUUUACAACAGUUGAAACCGGGCAGAACGGCGUAGAGUUUCCUGUGUAUGAGGGGGAGUCAACAAUAGCCAAGGAGAACAGAUUCUUGGGUAAAUUUGAGCUCAUCGGCAUCCAAAGAGCUCCAAAGGGAGUGCCUCAGCUUAAUGUUUGCUUUAACAUUGAUGCCAACGGAAUUAUGGUGAUCACUGCUGAGGACAAAGCAACGAAGAAGAAAAGCAAGAUCACAAUCGUCAAUAACAACAAAGGCACGCUAUCUAAGGUGGAAAUUGCACGGAUGAUCAAGGAGGCAGAAAAGAACAGGUUUGAGGACGAGGAGAAUAAGAAGAAACUGGAGGCUAAGGCCGCACUGAUGGACUAUACACAAGACAUGAAGGAGAAAGUUCCUAGCCUCAGCAAGCUCGACCGGAAGGACAAGAAGAAAUUUAAGGCUGAGGUUUCAAAGACCUGUGAGUGGCUUGACGAGAACAAAAACCGACUCGCUGAAUGUGAAGAAUACGAGGACAUGAUGAGAAAGCUUGAAAACGUCUGCAGUCCCAUACUAGGGAUGAUGGAUUAG